CGUGACAGCCCGUACGGUGGCCCGGUGGGGUCAGUCCGCCCGGUGGCGGCUCCUCACCUGACGGGUGACUGAGGUGCGCUGCGCUGCGCCCAUCAGCGACACCCGCCCGACUGAGGCAGCGCCGGGGCAGCAGGAGGGACGGGCAGGCUCGUGGUCUCCUUUUGUCAGAAUGAGUGGGGCUGCGUUCCCGUCACCGGCUGCUGAGAUGGCAGAAAUCAAUCGCCUUCAGUAUGAGAUGGAGUACACUGAAGGAAUCAGUCAGCGCAUGAGGGUCCCAGAGAAACUCAAAGUGGCUCCUCAGAAUGCUGACCUUGAGAAGAGCAUCCCAGAAGGAUUUCCAAAUGCCACUGUAACUAUGCAGGUCCCAGAGCGGAUUGUAGUGGCAGGUGAUAGUGAAAACAUUCCACUUUCCAGACCUCCAGACCUUGACCUCCUUCAGUCUACUCCAUUCAAACCACUGGCAUUGAAAACUCCUCCCCGUGUUAUUUCUCUCAGUGAUCGACCACUAGAUUUUUUGGACUUAGAAAAACCUCCACAACAGACCCCUCAAAAUGAAGAGGUUCGUUCAGUGGGAAGACUGAAGAGAGAACGUUCCAUGAGUGAAAAUGCCACUCGACAGAAUGGCCAGCUGGCCAGAAAUGAUUCCAUGUGGCACAGAUCAGAUACUGUCCCAAGAAAUAAAAUGCCACGGUUCCAGUCACCUCUUUCGACUAAGGAUUGCACUGUGACACCAUCAGUGCAACAGGCUCGUGUCUGUCCUCCCAAUAUGUUGCCUGAAGACGGAACUAAUCUUUACUCUGCUCGUGGCAUUUUAUCGUUUAUCCAGUCUUCCACACGUAGGGCUUACCAGCAGGUCUUGGAUGUGCUGGAUGAAAAUCGCAGCUUGGACAAGGACAAUAGGCCAGUGUUACGUGGUGGGUCAGCUGCUACCACUUCCUCUAACCCUCAUCAUGACAACACCAGGUACGGCCUUUCCAACAUGGAUACCACGCUUGAGGGAACACCAGAUGACAUGACUGUUGUAGAUGCUGCUUCCUUAAGAAGACAGAUCGUCAAACUUAAUCGGCGUCUCCAGCUUCUGGAAGAAGAAAACAAAGAGCGUGCUAAGAGGGAGAUGAUCAUGUAUUCAAUUACUGUAGCUUUCUGGCUGCUCAAUAGCUGGCUUUGGUUUCGGCGCUAGGCACAGCUCUGAGAGAUUUAGUAGAUCAAAAUACCAACAAAAUUUGCAAAACUCUUUGUUUCUGUUUCUGAAUUGUAAUGCUGUUUUAUAAUUCAUACACUGGAAACCUCCACCACAGAAAAAGGCUGUAGAAACUGCGGUGUUAAAGGGACACCUCGUUGUUCAGUUAUGCUGUAUUUAAUAGAUUCGCAUUGUGAAUACUCGCAGUAUCCUCCUUUGCAUGCUUCAAUGUAAAUACGGAUCAGCUGAUUUUGAACUGAAGCUUUGUGCAAUGUAAGGAGUGUCCAACAGGAAUAAAGGCUGGAUUUUUGUUGUGGUUAGGAGGGAAAACCCGAUCAAAUUGGGUUUGGAAGAAACAUCAACACAAAGGAAUAAAAACAAGGUUUUAUUGAUCUGUUGUUAGUGCACAUCACGGCACUGCUGGUUCUCCUUCAGUCUCACUUGUAUCAGAGCUGUGCCGUGCUCAAGGAGUGAGUCCUGUUUCAUGAGUAUGUUCCUAGUUUAAGGCUGUUCGGGUCAGACAAUAAAAGGUCUUUGCCAACAUGCAGACUGUCCAGAGGUGUGUAACAUGUUUGUUUCUUUUCAUUUUAGCUUUCAUUUUGCAGAUGUUUUUUCUAUAAAAUACAUUUUUAAGUGAGUCGGGCUGUAAUCAAAAGAUGAUGGUGUACGAGAGCCCACUGCAGUGUAUUUAAUAAAACAAAUAAUUUAAA